GGAGAAGCGAUUUGAUCUCUUGGAGCGCCAUUUGUUCAACCUAUCGGCAUCGAUGGAACGUAUGGAGACGAAUCAUCAUCGCGAACGACCGAAUGGCAAAUCACUCGAAACUGAGCUAGAUCCAGCUCCUCAGACUCCAGGUUGGUGCAGAUGGGAAGAGUGUUCGUGAUAGAACUCGAGGGAGCCGUCUACACAUGCAAAGAGUGCCACACACAUCUCGGACUUCCCAAUGAUAUCAUCACUAAGAAGAUUCAGGCAACUCUUAUCACAUAUAACUUCAGUAGACUCUUCAAUACGUUUCUGGCUGAAAGAAAGUCCAAACCUGCUUUGCAAGAUAUCUUUUGUGUCGGUUGUGCUAAUCUCAUCGGCAUGUAUAGGGUAAGUGAUAAGUGGGGUCCUUACUGGCUUUUGAGGAGAGAACUCCAUGGACCGGAAGGAAGCGAUGAUGAGGUUUAGGAGUUGGUAUGCGCUUAAGAAAGACAAUGUUCUCACUUUUACACUUCUUCUAUGUGUACGAUGCAAUUAGCGAACACUAAUGACAUGUGAACUGAGUCAUCUAGUUUACUUUCUUUGUGUUAUUAUUUUGUCUGGCACAUUCUGUUUUUUUUCUUCUUCUUCUGGGAUCUUGAAUUGAGACUAAAUCAGUCAAGUUCACUGAAAGCAGAGGAGGAGAAUGAGA